AAGAAUAUUGUGCGGCCGAUCUAAGUAGUGUUUGAAAAGGUACACACAUAUUAUCUGAUCAACCAGGAACGGCACGCCUGGGCCGCUCGCUCGCAGGGCGGUACAUGGUGGGUCAUGUCAUUCAUACUUGGUUAUGGGCCGGCUCAAUUCUCCAUUCGGCAACGUUCACCAAUCGUCAUCCAUCAUCCUGCUACAAACCUUAACCUGCUUUUCCAGGACUUCCCAACCCGUUCUUUUCACGAUCGACCGGAAGAUAUCCUUCUUAUUGGUUGACGGGCUGUAGUACGGGGCGCCACAUAAAUCAUGCGCCACACACCCCAAUAUGACAUCACUUCAAAUCAAAUCCUGAGGGUAAUGUUGGGGUUCUCUCCUGCAACUCUCGCGAGUUGAUCACCGGAAUUCUUCGAUUUGAAAAACUCCUUAAUCACACUUUACAUCUAUCUGAACAUGUCCGAGCCAGUGCGACAAGGGGGAAAACUCGUAAAGAGAAGACCAGUUCAAUCGCCCAGUCGUAGUCGACGAGCAUCCGAAACCCAGGGCAAUGCUCCUGCUGUACCGAUAGUGUCCCCGUUGGACACAGACAACGCCAACUCUUCGUACUCGACAAUGCCUUCGACCAGCCAACCAUCCCCUGGAAAGGACAAGAAGUCGAAAUGGCGGCUUUCGAAUCCUUUCCACUCGAAGGACAAAGAUAAGGAGAAGGAGAAGGAGAAGGAUCCCAAAAACGAGGCACAGGAACCACCAGUUGAUUCAACCUAUGGUAGCAGCGAGCCGAACAAUAGCUCGAGAUCAGAUGUGAACAGCAGUGGCAUUCCAAGUUUCUCGAGUACAGAACGGCGUCCUUCGCGAACCCGCCCAGUCAGUGGAGAGUUGCGACCACCACCAACAACUCUGCAAGCCCCUACGACAAAUAUAACUCCUCCCACUCCACCAGUCCAACAAGCGACUCAGCACAGUCAACAAGCUCACCAAGCUCAACAGAAUCAAUCAAUUCCACAGCCUCAGCCUAUAAGCCAACCCUCAAGCCAAGAGAACAUCGCAAGAGAGACAUAUCAGGAUACGAAGACUGGAAACAUUGUCACUACUACCACAACUACGACUACUACCACAACGACAACGACCGGUCCGGGAGGAAGUACCACUGUACAAGCACCAAAUGACAACAGUGGACGGGCAUCUCCGCAAGCUAGCAUAACAAACACAUCUGGACCAAGCCCUCCAGCCCCUGCUCCACCCAUUCCACAUACAAACCAAACACAGCCAAACCCAUCACACUUAGAUCCACAACAAACCAGUUCUUCCCCACCGGUUCCAAAUAAGAGUAAUAUCAGGCAUCGGGUCGAGCUCGAUUCAUGUUCACCAGCAAUUGAGCACCCAAACCCAAUGGCAUCGCCGGUCAGCCCCUCGAGUCCCACGCGUGCCAGCAACUUUUCCUAUCCCUCACGAACACCACCGCCAGGGGUGCCACGACAGGUGCCUUCGCAGCAUUACCAGGUUCCGCGACAAGCCCAACCUCCUCUGCCGACACAAUCAAAGGGGCAGCAGAUACCAGGGCAGAUACCACAGCCAGCACCACAACAGGGGAUGCCACAGUCGCUUACCGGACACCAGCAAGCAGAUCAUCUGAAUCAGCACCAAGCACACCAUCAAGUUGGCUAUGCUGAUCCGUCACCAUCUGUUUAUCCAGCGCCAUUACAGCCGGGCGCCCAUGCUCAACCACAGCUCCAUCAAACGCAGCAGCAGCAACCCGCCCGUAAGCAAGGCACGAUUGCCAACCUCAAAACGGCUGCGGCAGGCAUUCAUGGUGCCGGUGAGACACUACGCGGAACUCUAAAUUCUUCAGUAGACAAACGUUUUUCCAAACCGGAUGCGCAAGUCCACGUUAAGAAUCAAGCCGCUAUCGACGCGGGUCGCUCCGAGAUUGAAACUGGACAAUUUUACCACGGCCCUCCGCCAACAAUACCUGCAAAUGAAACUAAUGCUUCCUCGUCGAAUGCUCCAACUCCUUUUAAUCCAGGGCUGAGUCGACCGGGGGUGUCUGGUUCGCAGAUUGAACCAGAAGGACGAAGCAAGAAAGGACUCGGCGGGCUAAUGAAAAUGAUGAAGGAGGGGCCGAUGGCGUCGGACCGAUCUUAGAAUGAUCGACUGGGAGUACUUGAUGAGUUAAAGUGUACACCUAGGCACAGUUCUCGCUCUAAGAUGCUGGAAGGUAUCGCAUGGCUUCUAUGAGCAAUAAUCUUUGUACAAUUGAAUAAUUGGGAUGACUUUAUGAUGAAAACUUCGUCAUUAUGUAGGUACUUUUUAUUACAUGUGAAUCGUAAUGUCGACGUCUUUGGGAAAUUCUGGCAGAGCAAAUUAUGCCCGGGAGUAUUUGUCUCUUACAACAUUAGGUUUCUCCUACCAAGUAAAACUCGUCACUAUACCUUAGUUUUAUUGAUCUUUAAAAUG